AAAAAAAGAAAAAAAGAAAAAAAGAAAAAAAGGGAAUGAUUUGUUUCCUCUGUCGAUUUAUGUUCAUUUUGGGGCGUAGAAUAUUACAUCUGGUGGCAUAAUUUGGAAAGCCAGCUUUUGAAUCCCUAACUAAGCUUAAAAAGCUUCGACAAGAUGGGGAAGAUUGCUGGUUUCAAUGGGUGAUUUCGAGUUUCUUUCAUAGAAUUUCUGUACCCACAUAACCCUUAGCUUUACUUUCGACUUCAAUCCCGUUUUUGUACCCAAAAAAGCAGUAUGCGAAUGCAACUGCUUCUCUUGUUCUUGUGGGUCGUCGCCUCCUCCUCCGCCGCCGCAUCUCAGGACGAACUCCGGGCAUUGUUCGAGUUCAAGAAAGGGAUCAGUGAAGAUCCCCUCAGAAAAGUCUUCGAUUCGUGGAACAUUUCCAGCUCGGAUCCAGCUUCCGUUUGCCCCCAAUUUUAUGGCAUUUCCUGCGACGAAAACGGGCUUGUUUCCGCCAUUGUUCUUGACCAUCUUGACUUGGCCGGAGAACUCAAAUUCUUUACUCUUUAUUCCUUGAAGAUGCUUCACAAUUUGAGUCUUUCCGGCAACAGACUCACCGGCCGACUUGUUCCAGCUCUCGGAUCAAUGUACUCUCUCCAGUAUCUAGAUCUGUCUGGAAACCAAUUUUAUGGUCCCAUUCCUGCUCGUAUCAACGAUCUCUACGGCUUAAACUACCUCAAUUUGUCUAACAACAAUUUCACAGGAGGGUUUCCAACUGGGAUUCAGAAUCUACAGCAAUUGAUGUCUCUCGAUUUGCAUUCCAAUUCGUUGUGGGGAGAUAUCGGGGUUCUGUUUUCUGAGCUUAGGAAUGUGCAGUACGUUGACUUGAGUGAUAAUGCGUUUUAUGGGUCAUUAUCCAAUGUCGCCAACACUUCUAGCGCAGUUAACACUCUGCAGCAUGUGAAUUUGAGCCGCAACAGAUUGAGUGGUGGUUUCUUCAGCGGUGAUUCUCUUGUUCUUUUUCGAAACCUGCAUGUUCUGGAUUUGGGCGAUAAUGAGUUGAAUGGGAAAUUGCCUUCAUUUGGGUCAUUACCAAAUCUUCAGGUCCUGCGUCUCAGUAAUACACAAUUGUUUGGCCCAAUCCCUGAGGAGCUCUUGGAGUCAUUGAUUCCUAUAUCAGAACUUGAUCUCAGCCGCAAUGGGUUUUCAGGUUCGAUUCCAAAAAUAAACUCUUCGAGUUUGACUACUUUGAAUCUUUCAUCUAAUGAGCUAUCAGGUUCAUUGCCAUCUUCUCUCGGAAACUGUGAGAUUGUUGAUUUCAGCAACAAUCUUUUAUCUGAUGACAUAUCUAUUAUAGAGAAUUGGGAAUCACCUCUAACAAUCCUAGAUUUGAGCUCAAAUAAAUUGGUUGGAAAUCUGCCUAAUUUAACAUCCAGCUUUAACAAACUGACGCUACUUAAUGUGGGAAACAACUCGUUAAAAGGCUCUUUGCCAUCUGUUCAGUUAUCAUCUCCUAGCUUGGUUCUUCUUGAUGUUAGCAUGAAUGAAUUCGAUGGCCCUAUUCCACCUGGUUUGUUUACUUCAAUGGCUUUAACUUAUUUGGAUCUUUCAAAUAACGGAUUCACAGGGGAAAUCCCUCUUCGUGGGUCACAAGAGAAAUCUUUAAUAUCACUCUCCACAUAUCCACCAUUGGAGCAUCUUGAUCUCUCAGAUAAUACAUUAACCGGUGCAUUGUCGCCGGAUAUUGGCAACUUCCGGCAACUUAAGUUCUUGAAUCUUGGAAAUGAUGGAUUAUCCGGCGAACUCCCAAACGAAUUAAACAAACUUACGGAAUUGGAGUUUCUUGAUUUGUCAGGAAAUCAGUUCCAAGGUAAGAUCCCUGACGAUCUUUCUCAAAAUCUCAAGUUUCUUAAUGUCUCCGGUAACAAUUUAUCUGGUGGAAUCCCCGGAAACUUGAAAAACUUCUCGGAUUCUUCUUUCUUCCCCGGAAACCCGUCUCUGACCUCACCAGAAGGCGGUCUCCGGCCGCCGUCUCCCGGUGGUUUACCUUCAUCUUCUCCAAAUGUACAAAAAGCUCAUAGUUCAAAAUCCAGCAUCAAAAUAGCCAUCAUUGUUGCUUCUGUUGUAGCCGUGUUAAUGAUAGCUUUUGUGCUUCUCGCAUAUUAUCGAGCCCAAAUUGGAGAUUUCCGGGUCAAAACAGCAUUCAAUGGUCAAACGGGUCGCGAUAUAAAACACGGAAUAUCAACCCGACCCACCACAUCUCUCAGCUUUUCAAACGCUCACUUGCUAACUUCAAACACAAGGUCGGGUUCCGGACAACCUGAGACAGGCAGUGAUGCGGUUGACGUGGUGGUGCCGCCACCGUACCCUGCUGCUGCCGCUGCUUCAGCCUCCAUGAUACCAAAUCUAAUUGACACCGAUCCCGACCCCGCACCAUCGGGACGUAAAUCUUCUGAUUCACCGGUCUCUUCCUCGCCCCGUUUUGUAGAAGCAAUCGAACACGCGGUGUCUUUAGAUGUGUAUUCGCCGGACCGGUUCGCCGGACAACUCAUCUUCUUUGAUCCAAAAUCUAACUUAUCAUUCACCGCGGAAGAUCUUUCCAGAGCUCCAGCUGAGAUUCUAGGGAGGAGCAGCCACGGAACACUCUAUAAAGCCACCCUAGGUGGCGGCCAUAUGUUAACUGUCAAAUGGUUACGUGUCGGGUUAACCAAAGAUAAAAAAGAAUUCGCAAAGGAAAUCAAGAAAAUCGGAACAAUGAUUCACCCAAACAUUGUCCGGUUAGUCGCGUAUUACUGGGGCCCACGCGAACAAGAACGGCUCACAUUAGCAAACUACAUCGAAGGCGAUAGCUUGGCUUUACAUCUUUACGAGACAACCCCACGAAGAUACUCGCUUCUAUCAUUUACACAACGGUUAAAGGUAGCGGUUGAGGUGGCCCGCGGGUUAUCUUAUCUUCAUGGAAGGGGUACCCCACACGGGAACCUGAAGCCCACAAACAUAAUCUUGGAGGGCCCACAAUACGAGGCACGGUUAACCGACUUUGGGCUCCACCGGCUCAUGACACCCGCAGGAAUCGCGGAGCAAAUACUGAACCUGGGUGCACUCGGGUACCGGGCCCCGGAGCUCGCAUCGUCAGCGAGGCCCGUGCCAUCUUUGAAAGCUGACGUGUAUGCAUUUGGAGUGAUUUUGAUGGAAUUGUUAACGAGAAGAAGUGCGGGGGAUAUAAUUUCUGGUCAAUCUGGUGCGGUUGACUUGACUGAUUGGGUGCGAUUGUGUGAUCAAGAAGGUAGAGGGAUGGAUUGUAUUGAUAGGGAUAUUGCAGGUGGGGAACAACAAUCGAAAGCCAUGGAUGAGUUGCUUGAGGUGUCUUUGAGGUGCAUAUUGCCGUUGACUGAAAGACCAACGAUGAGACAAGUGUUGGAAGAUUUAUGUGCUAUAUCUGUUUGAAUUUUAUUUUUUUUGUACAAUGUGUUUUUUUUGUUUGUUUAUUUAUUUUUCUUUGGUUAAUUUGGUUUGGAGGUUUAGAAUCCAGGCUGAAAACGACGUCGCUAUUCAUUGUUUCCUCCACAUUUUUUGUUCUUCUUUUUCUUGUGUAAAGUCCAUUGAUUGUUUCUUAUUCACUAAUUGCAGGAAACAACACAUCGUUUGCCAA